CAGCCAACGCAUCAACGCAUCAACUUCGGGACCGUGAUCUGGACAAGAAACAAGAAAGAAAAAGCAAGGAAGAGACUUAAUCAACACGCCGCUCUAAUAAUUGAGGUCGAUGAAUUGAAUUUCGUUCAUAGCCCCAUCCCUCUGCACCGACUGUCGUCGUCUUCCCACCGCUUCUUGUCAAUACGAACACCACACCACACCACUCUACUCCACUUACACCACACUGCAACACUACAACACUGCAACACUGCAACUCUACAACACUACAACACACGCACAAACACACACACACGACCAUCCAUCAUGUUUCGUGAAAACCGCCCCAGACGCCCGUCCAUCAUCUCCGUCGUCUCCGCGUGGAGCUCCCCCAGCGACGACGGCAUCAUCGUCACCAAGCACCACCGCCGCACGUCCGAAGACCGCGUCGCGAUUCCCGAAAUGGAGCGCAGCCGCCAGGCGAGCACCUGCUCCGAGCAGAGCUGCGAGGGCAUGACGGCCGACGAGACCAGGGACCUAUGGAGGUGCAUGCUGGAGCUCCAGCUGCGGUACGGCUGCUACAACUCCACCCGCAUAGACAUGGCUCUCGACGCCGGCGACAACGGCAUGGACCUCAUGCCUAACCGCUUCAUCAUCGACACCCUCAACGAGUCGGUCGUCCAUCUCCCCGACGAGGGCCGCGAGCUCUUGAAUCGCUACCUGUGCCCCUCGUCGUGCGCGGACAAACAGAAGUGGAAGUUCUGGAAGAAGGAAUAACGGUCAUUCGUUUCCGGGAGCCUCCAAAAAAAUAUCUUCUUAGUAUAAUUUGCGUAUCUGAGCAUGGACAUUGGGUGCGAUGGGCAUGGGUUUGGGCGUUGUUGCUGGGCACUUAGAUCGGGCCAUUGGGAUGCGGCACAUG